AUGGACGAGAAAGAGAAUCCAAUAGUCUUUUUCGAUAUUUCCAUCGGUGGACAGCCUGCUGGUCGUAUGAAGAUGGAAUUAUUUGCAGAUAUGGUGCCUAAAACUGCAGAGAAUUUUAGAAAAAAUGGGAUUCCUCAAGGAUAUAAAAAUGCAACUUUUCACAGGGUAAUUAAAGAUUUUAUGGUUCAAGGUGGUGAUUUUGUAAAGGGAGAUGGUACAGGUUCGAUUAGUAUAUAUGGAGAAAAAUUUUUAGAUGAGAAUUUUGAAUUAAAACAUACCGGACCCGGGCUAUUAUCAUUGGCAAAUAGUGGUCCAAAUACAAAUGGAUAUGGAAAACAUGUUGUCUUUGGAAAACUCAUUGAUGGAUUGUUAACUUUAAGGAAAAUUGAAAAUGUUUCCACUGGACCUGGAAAUAGACCAAAGUUACCUGUAGUUAUAACAGAGUGUGGGCAAUACUAG